UCUUCCAACACAGACACACAUUAGCAAUGUCAGAGAGAGCAUGUGACCUGGGCACAGACUGGUAGACAAAGGCUGAUGCUGGUAGAGUGAAAGAGAGCUGGUGGGCUGAACAGAAUGUAUGUCAUGAAUGCCAGAAAGAGAGAAAGAAAGAAGCCACGAGGUGAAAAAAGGAAGCAGAAAAAAAGGGUGUGGCCAACCAACGGUUUGAUUUAGCAACAUCUGUACUGUUGGACGCUGAGACCUGAAACUGACGCACAGUCUUUUCAGCAUGGCAGCUAAGAGAGUCUGGGCAGGAAGUGCACUAUCAUUGAUCAUUUUCUUCUUCAGAGCAUAUGCCAGUGGAAAUGAUACUCUCUCAAUGGAUGUCCAACCUUCUUCAGCACCUUCUGUCACCACAAAACUUACAUCAGCCGAGAAAGAUGGAGUAAAAACAACCGAACUUGGUACAACUGCAUCGCCCUUUGAUGUUCAGCACACCAAUGAGAAAACUACAGGUGUUACAAUCAAUGUUACAGUCAAUUCUGUGACCUCGGACACCUACAAAAACAAUACCACUGCCAGAGUGGAAACAAAGCUAGAUGAUAAAUGGGAUGAGCCCUUCAAAUAUGAUUAUAGCUCUCUGAGGCAGGCAGGGCUGACUAUAGCUACUGUGCUCUUCCUGUUGGGCAUCAUGGUGAUUACAUGUGGCAAAAUGAGAUGUGGCCGCCGUUGUCGCAUGGGCAAAGGACGAUCGUAUGAUGUGACCGGAAUGUAAUUCAGACCAAAAAGGCCCAACAGGCGAGCAGCAGCAUGAGACAGCCAUCCAGUCAGACCUGUUCUCACUGCACUCUGUGUGUCCGUGUGUGUGUCUGUGUGUGUGUGUGUGUGUGUGUUUGUGUAAUUUAUUCAUAUUAAUUAUAAAUAAGACAUGAUGGAGAGAAAAUCUGCCUGUCCCCAGUGCUCGAGCUUUGCUAUGUGUACCUGUGCAUGUGUACAUUUGCACAAUGUAAACCUGACCUCCUGGUUUGUAGCAAAAGAGGUGGAGGGGAAUAUGGACAUGUGCUGUCAUGUUGCACCAAAGGGCAUCCACUCCCAUUCAGACAAAACACACACACACACACACACACACACACCUCUGACUAACACAUCUCUGACACACACACACAUCUCUGAAUGUCUGACUCUGUCUGCUCUCCAUGCUGUCACAUUUCUUACAGUGCUCCAUGUCUGUGUUUCCUUUCAUAACACAGAGUUUAUCAUCCUUGUUAAUGGGGGAAAAAGGCUUUUGUGGCUCAAAAGUGCCCUCAAGAGGCUUAAAAUUACUUUUGGCACAAAACCAAUAAGUUUGAGGUUUCAAAGAAGGAAAUAAAGCUAUUUUAUAUGGAUGAGGUAA